CGUCAGACGGCGGCGCGAGCGGCAGAGCGGACGGCGGCCCCGCGCUGAGGAGACGCCAUGAGCAAAGCGCACCCGCCCGAGCUCAAGAAGUUCAUGGACAAGAAGCUGUCACUGAAGCUAAAUGGUGGCCGGCAUGUCCAGGGGAUAUUGCGAGGGUUUGAUCCCUUCAUGAACCUCGUCAUAGAUGAGUGCGUGGAGAUGGCAUCGGGAGGCCAGCAGAACAACAUUGGGAUGGUGGUAAUACGAGGAAACAGCAUCAUUAUGUUAGAAGCCUUGGAACGAGUAUAGAAAGUGGUGAGACCCCUUAGCGACAGUGUGUGCUACGUGACCCCUGUGCGUGUGCAGCAUGUCAGGCUGCAGUGAGACCUAACUCUGCCCUUGGAUCUUCUACCAAGUGUACAUCUCAUCCAUGUAAACUUAUUUUUUGUUAAAUAAAUUUUGUAAUGAUUUAAGUAA